AUGAGUAAAGAUGAUUGUAUUGCAAUAGAUAGGAGAAUAAAUGAAGAUUUUAUGAUUGCCAAAACGGCUGAGCUUCAAUCUCCUAUCUCUAGUAAGUUUAAAGAAGGACUUAAUAACUUACUUGAAGCUGAAAUGACUGAAUCAGAUUUUAAGUAUAGUAAUAAAAUGGUACUAAAUAAUCUUUAAACCUUUAAGCAAUCUAAGUCUUAAUCUUAAUCUUAAACUCCAGUUAAAAAUAGUAUUUAGGCAUCAUACAAUUAGCCUCCUAUUAACUUUAAAGCUCCUAAAAAUAAAAAAAAAAAGUUUAGGUUAUUUAUAUAGGAAUAGCCUUUCAAAGUAGAUGGAAACUCAAAGUAACAAGCAUAUUAAGAAUAUGAUCCUCUUUAAGAUAAAUUCUUAAAAGAUUUUUUCAAUGGCAAUAAAUUAAAAAUUUUUAAAAAGAUGUAAAAAAAUAAAAAUCACCCAAAGAAGUCAGAGAAAAAUAUUAAAUACUUAGAUUAAAAUAAGUCUUAAGAGAUUAAGUGCUCAAGCUCAUAGUUAAUGUAUAACAAUAAUUCCAAAAGUGAAUCAUAAGAUAACAGCGAAGAUAAAAAAUUUAUAGUGUCAAAAUAUUUAACUGAAAUUUCUGAUGAUCAUAAAGAUAAUAAAAAGAAUAUAUCACAAUUUUAUGGUCCUUCCUAGUCUAAUUAAAAUAAUAAUUUAAAUUCUUUAACUGAACUGUCAUUAGAUAAAAUACAAAUUUCUACUAAAAAUUUGUAAUUCAAUAAAGAAAAUUUUGUUGUUGGUAAAUGCAACGAGAACAAUAGAUACAAUCAACAUAACUAAAAUUAGCAUGGAAAAAAUAAAAAGACUGAAAUCAAGUAAAAUUGUAACAACAGGGUUUCAGAAAUUUUAUUAGAUAAAAACGAAGAUUUUAAUAGGUAGAACGUUUAGCAGAGCAAAUCACCACUUAGUGUAAAGUAUGGAAUACAAAAUUUACCUUAAAUCAGUUAGCAUGGACCUUAAUUUAGCAGUUCAAAGCAAAACUAUUUACCUAAAAUUUAAAUUUCAUAAAAAAAUGAAUAAUAACAAUUUAAUGAAAUAUUUAAUGAAAUAAGAUCAAAUUCUUCUAAUAAAAAUUAACCAAAAGCAAAUUAAUAUACUUCAUCUUAAGAUUAUGAUCGAAACGAGAAUACUAAUAAUAAAAUACAUAGCCAAACAAAAUAAAAGUUUUAUUCAAUCUAUUAGACAUAAUUAAAUUCUAACAAUUAAAAAAAUUAAAUCACCUCUUCUAAACCAUUCUAUACAUUUAAUGGAAUUUAAGUUUAAAUCCCUAAACCUAGUAAGAUACUUACAAAUAAAAUAGAAUAAAAUAAUUAAUUGCCAAACUUAAUAAACUAAAACACAUAAAAAAAGCUAAACUUAUCUUUAAAUCUGGGAUCAUCUUCAAAUUACUACCAAAAGGUUAACACUUCAUUCUAGGAAAAAUAAUUCGAUUAACAAAUAUAAAUUCAGCAUAGCUUCGAUAACUUGUAGCCGUUUAUUAGCACGACUGAAAAUAAAUAAAACUUUAAUGAAAAUUAUAAAUUUAGAAGUACAUUAACAAAAGAUUAAUUUAAUAGUUUUUUGAGUACUUUCAAAUAAAAAUACUCUCCUUCUAAUAAAAAUGAAUUAGAAGCAAGUAAAAUUUUUUAUAAGUAGCUGAGUAGUUAAUAGUACGAAAGUAAACUUUUAAAAGAAUAUAAAGAAUCUAUAUCCAAUGAGGACACCAUUUGA